AUGUCAUUCUUCCGCAUACAGCUUCAGCGCUCGGCCAUCGGCCUGCCCAAGCGCACGCGCGGCGUGCUCAUGGCGCUGGGCCUGCGCAAGCGGUCCCAGACCGUCUUCCACCCGGUCGAGGCCCAGUUCGCGGGUAUGAUCCUCAAGGUCAAGGAGCUGGUCAGCGUGCAGGAGGUCGACCGCGCGCUCGACAGCAAGGAGCUGCGCGCCGAGCGGAGCCCCGAGCCCGGGUUUUUUAUUGAGAAGGCUGUGCCGAGGUAG